UUAAGAAAAUAUCAAUAUAAUUAUUACCUUAAUGAAUUUAAAUUUGAUAAUACUAAAUUUUUACCUAAGUUAAACAAUAUAUUAUCUAAAUUAUAUAAUAAAAGUAUAGAAUUUAAUAUAAUAAACUUAAAAUCUAUUACUCUAAAUACCGAUAUACUUACUGAAGUUUUAGCUUUAAAAAUAAGAAAAAGAAGAUCAAAUAUUUUAGGUGUUCUAAAUAGUGCAUUAAAAAGAGCUAUAUUACCAAAAGUAAAUAGAAUAGUAGAAAAAGGUAGUAUACUAAAAACCAAAAAUCCUUUAUUAAUAGAAAAUAAAUACAAAAAUUUGAGUUUAAUAUCUAUAAUAAAUAAAGGUAAUUCUAAUACUUUAGAAAAGGUAUUAAAAAAAACAACUGAUUAUACAGCAAAAUCUCUUAUAUUAAAAAAUAGAUUAGAUAGUAUAUUAAAUAAAGAUUAUACUAAUAUAUCAAAUAUAAUUUUUAAUUCUAUUAAAUAUAAAAAUAUACGAGGUCUAAGAUUAGAAGUUAAAGAUAGAUUAACUAAACGUUAUAGAGCUGAUCGUGCUAUAUUCAAAUUAAAUUGAAAAGGUGGAUUAAAAAAUAUAGACUCCUCUUAUAAAGGGUUAUCUAUAGUAACUUAUAGAGGUUAUUAUAAACCUAAUAUAAGUUAUUCAGUAUCUAAUUCAAAACGUCGUAUUAGAGUAUUUACAGUAAAAGGUUAAGUAAGUGGAAAAUAAAAAUAUUAUUUUAUAGUAUAGUAUAAAUAAAAAUAAAGAUAUA